AUGUUCUCAAUCUUAACGAAUGUUAUCCGACUCAAUUAAAAAUAAUUGUUCUGUUUUGAUAGAAAACUUCACUAUAACUUAUAAAGCAUUAGAAUUAGAUAUGAACUUUGCUUUAAGCACGAAUGUUAGAACUAAACUGUGUUAGAGAGUGAAUACUAAUAAAUGAAAUUAAAUUUAGAAUAUUAUAUCCACACAUUAUAAAUAUUCUUUAAUUUUAUUCAUGUUCCUAAUUUUGAUUUUCAGAACUCUAAAAACAUUACUGGACCUAGGAUUCUCAAGGACAUAAAGUAUAUUAGAUAUAUUAAUUUAUAUAGACUAUCUUAGGUGAGUAUGAUUUAUAUGUUAAAUAAAUAAACAAGUGAUUCAUUAAUAUUUUAUAGUAAAUCAAUAAUAAAUUAAAAAUUAUAUCUGUUUGUAAUUACAAAUAAAAUUAUUGUUUUUAUAAUUAAAUAAUAAAGUUGA